CACAAGUUGGCGAAAUCACUGUGACAAAUCACCCCUUAUAUAUAGCUUAACUAUACUAUAUAAAUCGUUUCUAUAAAAGACAAAUAUGUUUACACUGCGCCGUCUCAGUCAGCGUUUGUAUCCGAAGCAAAUUCAAAACUUGAAAAUGUCACAGGUCGGUGAACUUGGAAGUGGAGCCGGGAAGGGAGGCGGUGGAGGUGGGGCCAUCCGCGAGGCAGGGGGCUCAUUUGGCAAGAUGGAGGCUGCUCGCGAGGAGGAGUUCUUCUACAAGCAGCAAAAGGAGCAGCUGAAGAAUCUCAAGACCAAGACGGAACCUAAGGCACCCGAGGCUCCCAAGAAGUGAAUCGUUUAAAAAGUUUCAAAAUAUUAUAAUAUUUAUGAUAUACACUAUUGUCUGAAUUGUAUUUACGAAAAAAGUUACUACAAGAAUACUAUAUGCCAUAAGAUCAUUAAACGAACGUUAUUUAAAUUUAAA